CCAGUCGGCCAGACCGCCAAAUGGUCCACGGAAACAUAGUUUUUGAAUUUUAUGUUUUCGGACGGAGAUAACUAGGUACAUAACAUUAUUACUCUCGGAAUAUAUUAUAUAAUCGACCGAAUCGUAAUAAUAAUAAAUUAUGUUCAACGAAGCCAACAACAGAUUAUCGCAGAUUGUUUUCGCGUUAUCAGGUACGUGUGUAUAAUAUAACCUAUAAUAAAAAAAAAAAAACCGCCGAUACCGCUGACGGUCGCGGUAUUGUUUUAGCAGUGUAGCUGAAAAGGAAGAUGUAAUUCGCGUGUGCAUAUAUAUAUAUACAGGUAAUGCAAUUUGUAUCUGUACGUGAUCAGAAAUCAUAGCUAACGAAAAACGAUUUUGAACAGAAUUCUAUUGGUCGUAUUUUUUUCCCGCUGUGGUCGGGGUAACACGGAAAUCGAUAGAAAUUAUACAAACAAUUGUCGAGUUUUCAUUAUUGACUGCUGCAAGGGAAAACAAAAUUAUCUCCCCAACACACCGAUUGUAUAUUAUUACAAAUGCUAUAAAGACUUUUUGGUACAAAAUAUGUUUUUGCAGACAAAAAAAAAAACACACACACACACACACACACCGUAGUAAAACCAAAGAACGUAUCGGAUACAUCUCAUGCAGUAUACACGACGAUAAUAAUGUCAUAAUAAUACAACUAUAAGGUUAAGUUUUUCCUCAUACCGUGCUGUGAUCGUGGCGUGCGUUGUUUAUAAUAAUCGUUCGGUCCGAGAGAUUUAUUGAAAUCGAAACCCAAACAUAAUAAUAUCGAAACAUUAUUAUUACUUUUGUCAGACGUCCAAGUCAGCUGGCAUCGCACAAGGGUUCGGGUACGUGGAAUAUAAAUUGCUAAUCCGGACGAUAUUAUUAUUGUAAUCGUGACAUCGAUACAUGCAAAUCGGAACAGUUCUUUAAAUAUUAAUGCGAUUGGGUUUACGCCGUAUUCCAUAACGCAUUCCGAACGUGGCGCGAGUUUUCGUAACGUCGAGACGAUCGUGACGAUUUUCGCGAAAUUCAUGUCCAUCGAAUUAUAAUAUUCGAUAUGAUGUUUUUAUACGCCUAUAUACCCAAUCGCCAUAAUAAGCGUUUCCAAACGAUAUUCCAGCGGAUUUUUUUUUUCAUCAUUACUUACAAAAUCUUUGUUCAGAUACCUAAUUGUUUAUAGCCGUAUGUAUCGACGCCUUAAUUCCCAAUAAUUGCCCUAACUUCGAUAUGACAACCAUUCAGAAACAGUAUAGUAGCGCAACCAGGACUUUUUUUUAAGAGGGGGGGGUCCUCUUUGGGAGGAUUUCGAUUCUCUCCAGAGUCCCUUAAGGAGCUGUACUUUUCCCGAUUCGAAACACUCUAACAACAACACUUAAUUUAAACAUUUAAUAACUUAAUAAAAUAUUAAAAUAUAAAUAUAAGUGAUUUGACAAGGAUAGAAGGUUCAAAAAUAUAAUUAAUUUAAUAUAGCGAUACAAUUAAAUAUUAAGUUGAUUGUAAUACAAAAUUAAAACUAUACAAUUAGGAUACAUACAGAAUGUCAUAAUAAAUAGUAUGACAUCUAACAGUUUAUAAAAUGAAAUCUAAACGACGUUUGGAAAAGCUUAAACUAUUAAUUAGUUUACACCAGGUAUUACACUGACUUCAUAAUCGAUUAAUUACUAUUAAUUAUACUAUUCAUUACGUACAUGAAAUAAAAUCAAAUAUUUGUAAUAUACCUAAUAAUAGAAAUAAGUAAAAAUAGUCAGAAAAACUACGAAAAUGAUAAACGAAUUAUGUAAAUUGUUAAAUUUUUCUUCUUCUUUUUCUGGCUUAAUGUACUCUUCAACAGUUUUUGUGGCCAUCAUAACUACUUCUUCCGAUCAUGGAUUAUAUUUCUCCAAUCAUUUAUUCCUAUACAUUUUAGAUCUUCUUCAACCACAUCCACCCAACCUUACCUCGGACGUCCUCGUGGUCUCUUACCUGUUGGUUUCCAAGACAGAACUGCUUUGAUUAUUUUAUCGUCACUUUCACGCAUAAUGUGUCCAAACAGCUGGAUUUUCUGGCCUCUCGUGUAAUAUUUAAUUGGAGUCAUUUCUGUUUCCUCGAUUAAUUUAUUGUUAAACUUUCUUCUUCGCAUACCAGUGUUUGCGACUAAUUUGGGACCAUAUAUCAUACGCCAUAUUUUGUUUUCGAAAGUGGUAAGUCUUCGUUCUAUUACACCUGUAGUCGUCCAUACUUGCUUCUAUAUGUUAAUAUGGCUCUCACUAUCACUACGCAUAGUCUAACUUUUGUUUUCUCAAUAAUCAAAUGUUGAUAAUGCAAAGGACGCCCUUCCUGCUUUAUCUAUCCUUAUUUCAAUCUCUUGUGACCAGUCAUUUUUUUGUAUUUACGCAUACAUAAUGGUUUCAUGAUCUUUGUCUUUUCAACGUUUAUUUUUAGUCCUAUUUUAUCUACUAAAAAACAGUGGAAAUUAACAUUUUCGUUAUCACGGUAGUCGAACUAGCCCAAAUCUUCAAUCAAUUAUUAUUUAUAUCAAACGGUAUUAUAAUUUAUUAUAAAAACGUAUAGUACUGCCCAAGAAGGGGUGGGUCCAGAUCCGGAGAUCUCUCUUCUAGCUGAGCCACUGAUGUAUCAUAAAACGUUUUUGUCACUAAAGUUCUAAUUCAAAAUUAACAAUAUUUUACACGGAGAUGCGACAGAGUUAAAACUUUUCCUUUAACAUGAUAAUAUCUUUGUAUUUUUAUCAGUAUUUACACUCGAAUUAUUUUUCUCAAGUGAACAUGAUUUUAAACGUUAAAUUAUAACUUAUUUUAAUAUCAGAAAUACCAUAUUUUUGGCGAUACGAUAAUCGAAAAUUAAACCACCAUAUACAAUUUAUUGUAAUCAAAGCAAACCGUUAGUUUCAAUGAUAUCACUGGGAUCCAUUGAACAGACGAUGUAUAACUUAAGAUUCUGAGUGGAUUAGGGAAACUUUUUUAAUUUUUUACCAGAAAAAUAAUUUUGUUUGCAAUUGUUCAUGUUCAUUUUCGGAUUAGCAUAAACUAAAUUACUACUUUGCAUUUGAUUGAGAUCUAAAUUCGAAUUGUUUGCAUUUUGGUAGCAGUUUAUUGGACUAAAGUAAGAAGACUAUCUCUGGACCGUACAUAAUAUUUCAUUGUAGCGUAUUGUAUAUCAUGCGCAUUUUUUCAGACGAACAUAUUAGACGAUAAAAUACAUUGGUAUAAACAAUUAUGAAAGUGUGUAACGAUAAACGAUUAACGAAAUCAGCGCUAUCCUCAGUUGAAUUUGGAUUACAAUACUUUUCUGCCUACACCAUGCAUUAAUUACCACUUAAUCUAUGAUCUACAUCGAUGGUUUACCCAUGGCUCGAAUUAUGUCCCAAUAUACGUGCAGAAUGAUUUUGUAAUGUGUUGUUUCUGAUUUUUUUUACAGCGUCUUUAGGAGCUUUCGUGGUCGGCACCGUGCUCGGAUGGUCGUCUCCGGCUCAAACGAUGUUGGAAAACGGAACUGCCGUUAGCUUUGAAGUGUCACCCAUGGCCGCGGCUACGGUGAGUUCGCUGUUUGGCGCGGGUGCGGUAAUCGGAGCAGUGCCGGCGGGUGCCGUGUCUGCGGUGUUUGGGCGCCGCAUUUCGCUUAUCGUCAGUGAGGCGCACGUGUUCUUCGGGUGGCUGAUGGUGGCGUUUCCAAAGGCCAGGCGCAUGCUGUAUGUGGGACGUAUAUUGCAGGGCGUCGGGUGUGGAGCCAUGGGCACCAUAAUACCCAUGUACGUCGGCGAAAUAGCGGAACCCGAAAUUCGAGGUUUUUAUUUAAAUGACCCUAACCUAAAAAUAACUGCACGAAUUCAACCGGACGAAUUAUACUCCGCUAAACAAAAAAAAUAUACCGCGAAGGGGUGGGGUUUCCACCCCGGUAACAAUUUUGGUUUACUCGGUGAAUACGUGGGAUAAUUUCAAGUUCAGAUUGAAGCGAGGGAUAAAUCGAUUUUGUUAUUAUGUGUUUUUUUUUUUGUCUAUCUGUAAAGAACUCAUCCACAAGAAACCGUACUCUAAUUAAAAAUUUUGUAGGGACUUGUAACAUUUCUAAUCUAAUUGAUUUGUUGAGGAUGUUGUUUUUUGAUUUUCAAUACAAAAAUUAGUAACUUUUUGUAUAGUUUUGUUGAUUUUUAGGUUACCUUAGCAACAAGGGAAAAUACAACUAAUAAUACCAGGUGAUUCGUUUAAGUGAAUACACUCAUUAUCUCAGAAAGUAUUAACUUUUUCCGGAAUUUGUUUUCUAGAACAUUUAAGAAAUAAAAUUGUGGAGUAACUUGUUUCUUAAAUGUUCUCAGAAAACAAAUUCUGGGAAAAAUUAAUACUUUCCGAAAUAAUGAGUGUACCCACUUAAAUGAAUCAUCUGGUACUCGGAUCAAAAUCCUUUUUUGUUACCAUUGGUUCAGCGUUGUAUAACACCAAAUAGCAGUAUCAGUUUAAUAGAGAAAAACUGACGACAAAUUGUGAUAACUUAAUUUUAAAAAAAGCUUCAAAACCGUAUACUAUUUUUACUAGGUAUUAAUAAUCUGUUAACAAAACCAUACUGCGGUCCUAAAUAAAUUUCACCCAACAACGGAACAUCAACACGCUAUCGGUUUCAUUUUCAUGACUGAUUUGCGAAAUGUAUUUUUCAUCCAUUUCUUUGUUUUUCAUUAUUUCAGGUUUUCUCGGCGGUCUUCAUCAGUUGUUCGUCGUGGCCGGCAUCCUUUAUUCGUAUUCACUCGGUAACAUCAUGACUUACACUCAGUUCAACCUGGCGUGUGGUGUGUGGAUGGCACUGCAUAUGUUGGGUGUACUAUAUAUCCCGGAAUCUCCAUAUUUCCUGAUCCGGGAGGACAAAAAGGUAUGCGCAGAAGAGGCGUUGGCUAGACUCCGGAGUCCCGACCAUGAUUGCAAGUCCGAACUCGACGAAAUACAGGUGGAUAUAAGAGAAAACACAAUAGAGGGGUGGGAAAAUUGUUUUAAUAUGUAGAUUAGCUAUUUCUAUUGGUUUUCUUUUGUCGGGUACGCAGAAAUUUGUGGAAGAAGAACAGAGCAACCGGUUCACGGCACGUGAAGUCCUGGAGAAAGAUGUGAAUCGAAAAGCGUUGACCAUCGGUAUCGGUUGCAUGUUUUUCCAGCAAAUGACUGGCAUCAACGUGAUCAUUUUCUACCUGAAACACAUAUUUGAAACGUCGGGUAGUGAUUUCAGUCCCGAAGUAUCUACGACUAUCGUCGGAAUCAUUCAGGUGUGGACAACUAAACAAUAUUAAAUAGAUAAUAGGCUUUUAAAAAAAAAAAGUCCUGUGAUAAUAGUACGAAUUUUUUCAAAAUAAAUGUCAACACAAUAAGAGAGUAUUUCAACUGCAAAUUCAUGCAAGUUAGGUUGAGUCAGGUUAGAUAAGGUCAGAUCUUCGUAGCAGCUAAGAGUACUAAGGUCACACGGCGUAUUGUAUAGGCAAUUUAAGUGCACGAACGUUUUGAAUAUUGUUGUGAAAUAUUGGCCCUCAACCAUGUUUAAUAACAACAAUAAUAUAUUAGGUAUAAUAUUAGAUAAAUAAAAACACGUUCAUGCAAAGACGACAUGAUAAUAUCUCAUGGUCAACUGUUUGAUUUUAAGAAUAACAAAAAAAAAAAACUAAUAAAAUUAUGCACGACAUCUAGCAGCAGAUAUUAUUACCUAUUUUUAAUUUCUUCUAUUAUUCGAUUUUUGAAUGAGCAUCUUUCCAUUUUGUUUGCAAAUUUUUUUCAUAAUAUUUUUUUUAUGCGAAUAUUAUUUGAAUAUCAUAUUUUGAUUUCGUAUCUCGCGAAAAAUUAAUUACUCUUGAAUUAUAACUUACUAAACAAUGAUAAUGUUAAGUAUAAUAUCAUUAUAAUUGCAUAUUUCACGUAUCGAUAUAAGAAGCGCUUAUCGAACUUAGAAAAAAAAAACUAUUCGUGUUUUAUAAUAAUGAUUGCAAAUUUUUUCUCGACCUUCUGAUUACCCAGUGAUUUAAGUUCUGUGGUCUAUUGCAAAUUAAAAAUUGUAAAAAAAAAAAAAAAAAAAAAAAUCAUUAUAUUUUUACCGUUCCAUUCCGUCCGACCGACCUAAUAAAUAAUUAAAUUGAAUUCUCAUUAUUCCGUUUAGUGACUCGAUAUUCCUACCGCGACUAUUACUAUUGCAGCUUAAAGGCUAUUUAGUAGUACCAGCUAUUAUAGUAAUUAAUAAGAAAAAAAAUUCAAUCGGUCUCGGUACUGAUGUUGUAGAAGUAUGGAAAAUAUUUAUCGGUAAACUACUUAAUUUAAACUGUUAGUAUUUUUAAUUGUUCCUUGUCGUUUAUAAAAUCGUAAGAAAAAAACACAACAAAUAUUUUAUCAAAUACGUUUUACACUGUAGCAGCAAUUACAAUGUCAACUGCUUUAUUUAAAAAGCGAUAUAGGUACAUUUAAUAAUAUAAUAAUAAUAUUUUCAUUAUCUUCCUGUUGCGUUAUGCGAACUAUUCGACAUUAAUUGUUGCACAAAUACGACGCAUACUUGAAGGAUUUAGAAAAUCACGUGAGAAUUUUAUCCGAUAAAACGACGAAUUUGUGUUGUUUUCUGAUUUAUUUAUUUUAGAUUCUGAGUGGAGCGAGUAAUGUAUUGGAUUAAUUACUUUUUUAUAUUUAUUUAUUUUUUUUUUUUUUGAUAUGUGAUCAACUUUUUUGAAAGGAAAUUUGACUUUAAGGAGGUCAUUUUUUGAUUUUCCCAGGAGUUUUCCUAAUAAAUGCGAAAACCCUAGAAUAAACUUGGUGAAAAAAGCAAAAUAAAUACUAUGUUUAACAAAUAUUAUUAAAGAAAAUAUUUAAUGCAUACACAAUUAUUUUAUUAUAAUAUGACAUGUAUAGUGUUGAAAAAGCAACACUAUCAAUUGAACUGCUGUUAGAAUCGAUUUUUCAUUUGCAAUGGUUUAUCUUUGCGUACAGUUAAACAUUAAAUUUCUCCUUACCUAUCUUUCCAGCUUCUGAUCUAUUAUCCCAUUAUCCUAGGACCCUUUUUUUUAAUUGUUUGGAUCUUUGAUUUUCGACCUUAGCGUAUAUGCGAUCCAUAGUAAUUAACCAAUUUUUCACUCGAUCUUUUAAAAAUAUAGUUAAAAUUUAAACGGGGAAGGGCUGUGGUCCCAUACCCCCUUACAUGUAUUAAUUAUGAUAAUUUAAUUUAUUUAAUUAUCUAUUUUAUAAAUGGAAAUAUAUUUCGCAUUAUUAUCGCGUAAUAAAAUAACAAUCAAGCAAGAAAGCCUUUAAAUUUGUUUACCGUUUAAAACUUUUUACAAAUUUCCAAAUGUCAGAGAGACCCAAUUAUGUACAACCCAAAAUUAGAUCUUGAUGUAAGUUGAAGAUCACUGGUAUAGAAUAAAAAUCUAUUGAAAAAAACAUCACGAAGGUUGUUGUUCAUUUUACACCAAUAGUAACGACCGCAUGUAAGACUAUGUGUUGAUAAACGGAAAAUGCUCAAGGUAUUGUGGAUAAUAAUAUUUGAAUGAAACAAAUAAACCGUAAAUAAUUAUUGAAUCUUCGCAAAUUAUUCAUCGAUUUUAGGAGUCGAUUUGUUGAAGGAAUUCCUCAUACAAAUCAAAUAUUUUUAUUUUACGAUCUAUUCGAUUUCCAAGAAGAUAUAAUGGAAACAAAUACCCAAUUCAAUUUUGUUCCUUCUGCGUUUUGGUCUCGUCUUUUUCGUCUCUUUAGGAUAUAAUAAUAUCAUAUAGUAUUUGAUUGUUUAUUACAGGUUGUAUUACAGGAGAUUGACAAAAUUUCUUAAAAAUUAAUUUUGUAAAUCCAAAUCUAAAUUCUUGAAAAUUGAAAUUUGAAAACCCAAAUACAAAAUCCUAAUAAAAUGGAUAAAAAAUUAUAAAAAUCCAAGUGUUAUAUAAAAUAUGAUCUCCGAAAUUAACGCGUAAUUAGUAAAUUAAGUUAUACGAUACAAAAGUAGUAUUUAUUUAUGAUACGGAUUGUAAUUUAUAAAUAUUAAAUAGUCAGUAGAAAAAUGAAUACCACGAGUUAAAUAUCAAUGAAUUAUAAUAAAGAAUUCUAAUUUAUAAACUUUAUUAAAAUAUAUUUAAUAUUCAACAAUUAGAUAUGAUGAUAGAGUUGCCAGUUGAUAAAAAAAAAAAAAAAAAUGUAUACCAGUACCUAUAUAUAGAAUUUAUUUAUUAAACAAAAAUAUUACCAAACAGGAUUAUAGAUUAAUGCAAUAUCACGGCAAAUGAUAUAAAAUAUUCUCCAUCACGGUUGACGGUGGACCUACAACCAUGAUCCCUACGCAUAAAACUGUUGUCAAAAAUGUCUGUAUAAAAUCCUCGAAAAAUGGAUUUUGAAAAUCCUAAAUCUUUCCGGAAAGAAUUAUUGAUUUUAAAAUUCAACGGUUUGAAAUUCUGCUCAAUUCUGCUUGUUACGAACCAGCUUAAUCGAUUUCAGAUGUUUAAUAAAUAUUGUUUCCGAGGCGAUUAUUAUCAUAGUGUUUUUUAUUUAUGUUUUGUAUAGGUAGUUAUGACGUUCGUAUCGAUGAUGAUCACCGACAGAUUCGGGAGGCGUUCGUUAUUAGUGUACUCGAUGACUUCGAUGGGAAUCUGUCUGCUAGGAUUGUCGUAUUAUUUUUUCACGAAAAAAUACAAUCCUCGUAUCGCCGACUCACUGGAUUGGUUACCGUUGGUGGCCAUCGUAUUGUACGUGUCCAUGUACUCGAUCGGUUGCGGCCCCAUACCGUACAUACUCAUCGGAGAAAUUUUCUCGUCCGAAGUAAGCGUAUUGUAUUGUACGAUAUAUGAAUCGUAUUACAUGACUUGGCGAUUUUCAGCUGAAGUCUAUGGGCACGGGCAUGUCCAUAGCUACCAAUUGGAUAUUCGUGUGGAUAGUGACGUGUCUGGCCAGUCCCAUGGACACGUUUAUCGGGCCGAGUGGGACGUUUUUCGUGUAUUCCGGGUUCUGUUUUCUGGGCAUGCUGUUCGUCGUCAACCGCGUUCCCGAGACGAAAAACCGAUCCUUAGCCGAAAUCCAAAUGGAACUCGAGAACAACUAACUUGUAACAACUAAUAUAUCGCAUUAUACGGUCGUUCGGACCGCCGCGACCGGCCGGUAUAACGAGACGGCGCGUCUCGCUGAAACCGUUAUAACCACGCGUUUAAACAUAAUAUGUAAAUAUACUCUGUUGAAAUUAUAAUCGUGUGUGUGUGCAUAAAAAUAUAAUUUGCGCAAAAUAUGUUUGUAUAAUAUUACGAUAACUACUGUAUUAUUAUAAUAUUGAUAUAUUAUUACCUUAUAAAGUAUAUAUACACGUACGUAUAUUAUUUUAUUGGCGGAG